AUUUAGAGACAAAACUGGGACACAGUUGGCAAAUAUUCAAGGUUAUUUUUCUCCCUGAAGACAGUGAAAUGAUAGAGUGAAACAAAGUUUACAAUGCAUUUGUGUGUGUAGAGAAGGACAGGGAGGACAUGUGUGGAUAUACUCAGCUGUUGCCUCUGCUGUGAAGCUGUAGCCGAAAGCCGGAUGAAUAACACAGCUGUCAUUGUGGAGGAUUGCUGCAGGCUGCAAGGCAACUGUGAGAAGUUCCUGGGAGUGCUGAGAAGCAGAGUGGGAUUUGCUCACAGAGAAAGAGAAGACCCAAAACCCUUUUACCUAAAGAAUACUAAAGAGACGCCUUCUUGAAUAGGAAGCGGUACUUCAGGGAUUAGAAGGAAGAAGAAGCUUGCAGGAUGGUGGUUACAGUGUGGCUACCUGCAGAGCGGGCCUUGCAGGUUGUUCUUCUGAUGGCUGGACUUGCAUCUCUGAGCCGUGGUUCUGAUGCCAACCUGUUGGACACCAUGUUAUUGAGGAAUGGAUGGAAGGCCAGAUCGGACCGGCCAGCAGGGGAGAGCAGCAGUACAGCCACAGUGAUGGCUGAGAACAAUCUACGGUGCCACUGCCAUCCUCAGUGCCCUGAGGGAUCUGAAAACGACACCUGCAAGACUAAUGGUUACUGCUUUGCCAUGGUUGAAGAGGAGGGAGGUCAUGCUGUAGUCAGCACAGGUUGCUUGCUGCUGGAUGGCUCUGAAUUUCAGUGCAGGGAUACACGGCAUGCGCGCCUUUUGAGAGUGGUCGAGUGUUGCAGAGAUCAGGACUUCUGCAACAGAAAGCUACGGCCCACGCUUCCUCCGCUUGUCACAUCAGAAUAUGUGGACAGCAGCAUUCAGUACGAAGUGUUGUUCAUUUCAUUGACCAUUUGCAGCCUCUUCUUUGGCAUUCUCAUCUUUUGCUACUUCAGAUAUAAGCGACAGACAUCACGACCACCCUACAGUAUCGAUCUGGAGCAAGAUGAGACUUACAUUCCUCCUGGGGAGACUCUGAAGGAUCUAAUAGAGUACUCCCGCAGUGCAGGCUCUGGGUCUGGAUCAGGACUCCCUCUGCUGGUUCAGCGAACCAUCGCCAAGCAGAUUCAGAUGGUGAAACAGAUCGGAAAAGGUCGAUACGGAGAAGUCUGGAUGGGCAAAUGGAGAGGGGAGAGAGUGGCUGUCAAAGUCUUCUUCACAACCGAGGAGGAGAGCUGGUUUAGAGAGACAGAAAUUUAUCAGACCUUCCUGAUGAGGCAUGACAACAUCCUGGGUUUCAUUGCAGCUGAUAUUAAAGGAACCGGGUCUUGGACUCAGCUCUACCUCAUUACAGACUACCAUGAGAACGGUUCUCUGUACGACUACCUCAAGUCCAAUACCUUAGACGUCGGCGCUCUGCUGAAACUGGCCUAUUCCUCCAUCUCUGGCCUCUGCCACUUGCACACUGAGAUCUACGGCACACAGGGGAAACCUGCUAUAGCACACAGAGACCUAAAGAGCAAAAACAUCCUGGUGAAAAAGAACGGCUUCUGCUGUAUAGCCGACCUGGGGCUUGCUGUCAAGUUUAACAGUGACACUAACGAGGUAGACAUCCCACCUAACCUACGAGUUGGGACCAAGCGCUACAUGCCACCUGAAGUUCUGAACGAGACGCUGAACAGGACCACCUUUCAGUCCUUCAUCACGGCUGAUAUGUACAGUUUUGGCCUCAUACUUUGGGAGAUGGCGCGGCGUUGCACCUCUGGAGGUGUGGUUGAAGAGUAUCAGCUUCCCUAUUAUGAUGUUGUUCCCACUGACCCUUCGUAUGAAGACAUGAGGGAGGUGGUCUGCAUUAAGAAGCAAAGACCCUCGUUAGCAAAUCACUGGAGCAGUGAUGAGUGUCUACGGCAGAUGGGGAAACUGAUGUCGGAGUGCUGGGCUCAUAACCCUGCCUGUCGCCUCACAGCCCUCCGGGUUAAGAAGACCCUGGCGAAGAUGUUAGAGUCCCAAGACAUCAAACUGUGACAGAAAGUCAAGAGAGAGAAAGAGAGAGAUGCUCUCUUCUCAGUACAGACUUGUCAAUGCCACUGGCACAGGCCUUGAAGAAAAGGAAAAUAAGAGGCUCUGAAUGAUCAGAUGAAGGACACUGGGAUGGAAGAGGGUCAAUAAUGGCCGUUGUGGAGCCAGAGAGAAUGUCAAGAAGGAAAAAAAAGAAGUUUAACAAAAGUUUGUCCUCAAACUAAGAGUUUUGUCUGUGUUUUCUGUGAAAGCAGAUUGUUUGCCUGGUUAAAGACAGUUUAUGUGGGGAGCUUCCCUGCGAGAGGGAACAGCGACCUUCUGAGCAGGCUCUAAUGAGGAAGCUGCUUCCUGAAGCCAUACAGCAGUAUUCUGAGCAGUCUUCUGUGCUGUUACAACUGCCUUUAUGUGUUUGAGUAAUUUUUAUUUUCAUUAUUUUUGUGAGGCUCAUUGCAUGAAGAGUUCUCCUCCAACGUGACAAAAGACCUAAUUGUCAAAGAAGUAUUAUUAAUAUUAUUAUUCUCAUCAGAGAAAGAUUUCACCAUUUUUUAUAUAUUUUCUAUUUAGUAAAUGUUUUCCUCACAAUGUAUUUUUAAGUUUAUUUUGUUGCAAAU